UUUCCAUGCUGUCAAAGUCGCGGUCGUUGAUAACGAUAAUAAGUAAACAUCGCCACACGACGAUAAUGGCGCACUGAUGAGAUCGAUCAGUAAUUAGCAAAUUUACCAAAAUUCUUCGUACUACAUAAUUAAAUUCGCGCGCGCGCGGUUAGUUUAAUAACGCAGCGCGUAACAAAGUCGUGAAGUCACAAAGUCACACUUCUACGCAUACACAGUGUACACGAAAUUAAAAAAAUAUAUACACACACUAUAAAAAUACGAUCUGUGAUAAGGAUAACAAAGAGACGGCAACUUGGAUGUGUUAGCGGCGAGUGUCCAGUGUGUUAACACGUAAAUAACCAGCGAUUCGCACUGCUAUCAACAGUUUUUGGGUGAAAUAGUUUGGAAAGCGCAAUUUCCAGACGACGAAAACAAGUCUUUGUUGAUUGCGUCACACACGCGUUCGCGGAGAGUGGACUCGCGGGCCUUGAAAUCGCAACAAACCCGACGAACGAAUUUUUCAUAUUGCUGCUGCAGUUUACAACCUGCUGCCAUCCUCAUGUGUGCUGUGUGACUAGCAAACACAACAAGUCUUUAUUUUUUAUUUUUAUUUUUGGUUAACAAGCACUUGUCGAGCAUGUCGAGUGUCAGAUGCAAGCUGGCCAGUGCUGGCAAAUUGGCGAUAGUGGUGCGGAAUUCGAAAGUUACAACAAAUCGUUUUAUUCCACUAUUCACCUACACAUCGGUGCCGAAGAGGCAGAUAGCGACAUGCCAGCAACUGCUGAAGUCAGCAGCGCCCGGCGGUGAUAACACCACCGGCAAUACCACACCGCCACCACCGCCGCCGAAUCUCCCUGGCGGCGGCGGCAAAGAUGCAUCGGCAACUGGCGGCGCCGGCGGUGGCAAAAACAAAAACACUCUCUCCUGCCCGAAGUGCGGCGAUCCCUGCACGCACGUCGAGACGUUCGUCAGCUCGACGCGCUUCGUCAAGUGCGAGAAGUGCCAUCACUUCUUUGUCGUCCUCAGCGAGGUGGACAGCAAGAAGAAGGAAGGCGUUGAUAACAAGACGGGGUUCUAUCGCAAACCUCCGCCGCCACCGAAGAAGAUCUUCGAGUAUUUGAACAAGCAUGUUGUUGGGCAGGAACAUGCUAAAAAAGUGUUAUCCGUGGCUGUUUACAAUCAUUAUAAACGAAUCUAUAAUAACAGCCCCAAUAAUAGUCCAGGGGCUCGUCAAGACAUGGCUGUGAUGGAGCAUGGACCUCAUACAAGUUUUUCUCACCGAGACCUACCACCUAUGACAGGAAUUGGAAGCCUUGGCUCGAUGAAUUUCAACAUGGCCGCUGGUCAACAACAACCCACAGAGUCCCGCACCGGAGGUUCGGACAUCCUGGACCGCACCACGCACGAAUUAAAACUAGAAAAGUCCAAUAUCCUGCUACUAGGCCCAACUGGCUCCGGGAAAACCCUGCUGGCCCAAACAAUAGCCCAAUGCUUAGAUGUUCCUUUCGCCAUCUGCGAUUGCACCACCCUCACACAAGCGGGUUACGUCGGUGAAGAUAUCGAGAGUGUAAUCGGUAAACUUCUGCAAGAUGCAGGAUAUAGUGUGGACCGGGCGCAAAUCGGUAUAGUUUUCUUGGAUGAAGUCGAUAAAAUCGGCGCAGUGCCCGGUAUACAUCAAUUGCGUGAUGUUGGCGGUGAGGGUGUACAGCAAGGCAUGUUGAAGAUGUUGGAAGGUACGGUUGUAAAUGUACCUGAGAGGAAUUCACCGAGGAAGUUGAGAGGGGAAACGAUACAGGUGGACACGACGAAUAUUUUAUUCGUUGCUAGUGGGGCUUAUAAUGGGUUGGAUCGGUUAAUCGCGCGUAGAAAUAAUGAAAAUGUUUUUGGCUUCGGUGCGCAAGUUUCCGGCAAUCAGGGACGUCGAGCAGCUUCUCAACAAGCGCAGAAUCAGUCGGAUUUGUCCGCUGAGGAGGAAAAUCAAGAGCGCGACUUGUCGUUAAGGCAAGUUCAAGCUAGGGAUCUCAUUGAUUUCGGUAUGAUUCCUGAAUUUGUUGGAAGAUUCCCUGUUUUGGUACCCUUCCACAGUCUGGAUAGGAAAAUGUUGGUGCGGAUACUCAGCGAGCCGAAAAACGCGUUAAUCCCGCAAUAUCAACGACUUUUGGCGAUGGAUCAAUGCGAAUUGACAUUCACACCGGAAGCGUUGAAUGCCAUCGCACAUUUGGCAAUGGAGAGGAAAACCGGUGCUAGAGGAUUACGUGCUAUUUUAGAAUCAUUACUCCUGGAACCCAUGUUCGAAAUCCCCGGCUCUGGCAUAACCGAAGUCAACGUGAACGAGCCCUACGUGCGUGGUGAAACCGAAGGACCUCAAUAUGUGCGUCGCGCAGUCGAGCCCAGCGAAGACGAAGACCUGCAGACUUCUAUUAGGAUAUAAACAUACAAAAAACACACAAAGAUUAUGAUACAAAAUAUUUAAACAAUAUAUGAUAUUGGAUACUA